AUGUCUUUCUUCACACGUGGUCUCUACGGCUCCGACCCGAGCUUCACGCCCCUCUUCCGCCUUCUCGACGAGUUUGACAACUACAGCCGGGAAGCCCAGGGCAACAACAACGGGCGCUCUCGCCACCGUGGCCGCCUGAACUUCCAACCCAAAUUCGACGUGUGCGAGACCGACAACGCCUUCGAGCUUCACGGCGAGCUCCCCGGAAUCGAACGUGACAAGGUGAACAUCGAGUUCACCGACCCGCAGACUCUCGUGGUCCGCGGCUUCGCCGAGCGGACCUUCACAGCCGGCACUCCUCCGGCGGGUCUCGUCGAGGGCGGCAAGCAACCUGCUGGCGUUAUCUCCGAGAAGGGCGAAGAGGCCGCCGCGGCCCCGCCCCAAAAUUCCGGCAGCGGUGUCGAGGAGGUAAACCGCCAGGACAAACCCAAGCCGGCUUCCGACAAGUUCUGGCUGCAGGAGCGCUCGGUCGGCGAGUUUGCUCGCACAUUCAGCUUUCCCAGCCGCAUCGACCAGGAUGCCGUUUCGGCCAGCCUGAAUAACGGUAUUCUGACCGUCAUCGUGCCCAAGGCGAAGAAGCACGAGGCGCGCCGCGUUACUAUCAACUGA